AUGCACAUCUCUCGGCCGCACUCGCUCCAGCUUCUCACAUUGCACCUGCUCGCGCUCUCGGCCGCCCAGUAUGACCCCGUCAAGGAUUUCUGCCGGCGGUUCGGCCACCAAUCUGCCGUGGUCGACAACAAGCUGUACGUCGACGGGGGCUCCGUCAACUGGAAGCCGUUCACCGAGUCCUCCCAGAACUACACCAACACCUUCUUCCUGUACAGCGACCUGAGCGGCGAGAUGCACGGCAUGCCCCCGCAAUACGCCACGCUGUCUAAGAACGCGACAGUGCCGAGCGUGAGCGGCGGCGUGCUCUGGGCAGACGCCGUCAACAAGCGCCUGUACCUGUUUGGGGGCGACCACCGCCAGGCGCCGCCGCCGGCGCGUGCCACGCUGUACGGCUACGACAUCCUCCACGACCAGUGGGACGCGUCCGCGCCGGCAGACACCAUCACGCCGACCAGCUACGGGGCCGGCGUGUCGGUGGCCGGGCGCGGCGAAGCGUACUACUACGGCGGCUGGGCCAGCAACGCUUCCGCGGCCGGGUGGGGACCGGGCCCACCGCGAGCUUCGAGCCGGCUGGUGCGCUACGCCAUGGACGCGAACGCGUGGAGCAGCCUGGCGGGGCCCGACGCCGUCGCGCGCGCAGAUGGCGCCAUGGUCUACAUCCCUGCUGGUGGCGCCGGCAUGCUGGUAUACCUUGGCGGCAGCGCGGACCUGCACGGCAACGGCACCGCCGCGCCGCAGCCCCUUGAUGAGGUCUUUCUGUACGACAUUGCCGGUGCGAGGUGGUACGCACAGGCUACGUCGGGUCACACCCCGACCGCCCGCCGCCGCUUUUGUGGUGGCGCGACGUGGGCGCAGGACCAGUCCAGCUACAACAUCUACAUCUACGGCGGUGCCGGGUUCCCUCCCAACACAACGGGAUACGACGACAUACACAUCCUGACAAUCCCGAGCUUCCAGUGGAUCCGCGGCGCGGACUCGGCGGGCGGCAACACGUCGAAGCCGUUCCCCAAGAGCAUGAUGACGUGCAACGUGGUCAACGGCGGGCAGAUGCUGGUGGUGGGCGGCGCCUUUGCGGAUACGAAUGCCACGGCCGGCAUGUGCGACGACGCCGAGGAUGCCGGCGGGCAGCACAACGUGGCUUUGGGAGAGAGCGACGUCUGGGCCGCCUACCAGCCCGCGCUGACCACGUACGCUGUGCCCCCCGACAUCCGCGCCGCCGUCGGCGGGCAGGCUACCGGCGGCGCGACCGUGACAGCCCCUGCGACCGGCUUUGACGCUCCCGGCCUGUCGGUGCUGAUGACGCGCACCGCCGCCGUGGCCACCCGCUCGCCCACGCGCAGCGUCUCUGCACCCAGCACCGAGUUAGCGCCGCCGGCGGCGUCGGGGUUGAGCGUGGGCGGCAUCGCGGGGAUCGCGGCUGGCGGCGCGGUGCUCGUGGUCGGCGUGCUGGCGGCGGGCUGCUGCUGCGUUAUUCGGCACCGGCAGAAGCACUACCGGGGGCCGCGGCAGACAGGGCCCGAGUAUCGACGGCCACGUCGCUGCCGACUAUGGCGCAUCACGCGCACACGCGACCGCAGACGUUCACGCCCGUGCCACUGCCGCCUCGCCCGCCCGUCGAGCUGUCGACCGACAGCGUGCACCAGCAGCACCUCUCGGUGCAGCAGCAAUACCAACGCGGCGACGGGAGGGCCGGCGACACCAACAACACCAACAACAUCGCUGCGCCGGCCAUCAGCCGCCGAGACGCUCAUGCCCACACUCACACCGUCGCUGCUCCCACCAAGCCCGCUGCGGCUGGCCACCCACUGCGCUCCCGACACCCUCGCAUCAGCGGCCGAGGAUCCCAGCCCAGUAGAUCCGCGCUCGCCAUGGGUAAAGCAGCAGCAGCAGACGCCAAGCACGCCGCCGCGGACGCCGAUCCGCAGUCCCCGGCGCAGCUCGGGUGCUGCUAGUGGCAGCAGGGGCCCGCUGCCGGGGAGCCCGUACUUUGCCACUGCGCCGCUGCUGCCACCGGUGGAGUUCCCGCCGUACCAGCCCGCGUGA